CUUGGGGUGGGGUCACGGGGGGCAAUUGCCCCUCCCAUUUUAUAUUUCCAACUUCACCUCCCAUUUUCUCUCUUCAAACACCGUUGUUCUAGUAAUCAGAACGUCGUAUAAUUUAAUCAAAUUCCCAGAUUCCAGAAAACUCACUCAGUCACGUAUUAACAAAUGGGCAAGAAAGAGGGAGAAAAGAAUGGUGGAGGUAACAAGGUUGCGCCGGCGCCGGCGCCGGCGGAGAAGAAAGACGACGUUUCGGUCACCGCCGUUUACAAGAUCAACUGCAAUUGCAACGGGUGCGUCGAGAAAAUAGAAAAAGCCCUUCGUCAUUUCGAUGGUGUGGAAGGGGUGAAGAUAGAUCGUGAUGCCUGCGAAUUGACGGUAAAAGGGACCAACUUAGACCUCACGGCAAUCAGAGAGAAAUUGGAAAAAGAAAUCAAGAAGAAAUUUGAGUUAAGAGAUGAACUUCAUAAGGAGACUCUACAACUUGCGAGGGAGAACUUGGAAAAGGAACCACGGAUUAUGGAGCUUAGAAACCAGAUUAAUCAACUGAUUGAAGAACUUUUUCCUCCUUUGAUUCUAUGGGACCAACAACCUCAGCCGCGACCACAGGAUGGUUCUUCACAGUCUUGGUAUCCUCCAUCUGUAGUUAGCUCCCCAAAUUCAUCUUGUCCAGGAACACCAAGCAGUGCCUCUUCUAGCAGCUUCAGUUCACAUAGGACUUCAGACAGGCCACAGUCGCCAUCACAUGUUUCUCCUGCUGAAGCUGCGGGUAUUAUUGCUGUUCUGAAGGAUAAAAGUGUUGAUGAAUUACGGAAGCUUUUGUCUGACAAGGAUGCAUACCAUCAUUUCUUACUCUCACUUGAUCAAGUGAAAAUUCAAAACAAUUCAAGAGAUGAACUUCGUAAGGAGACUCUUCAACUUGCGAGGGAGAACUUGGAAAAGGAACCACGGAUUAUGGAGCUUAGAAAACAGUGCAGAAUAAUACGGAAAACAGAAUUGGCUGCUGCUCAGGAGAAACUCAAUGAGCUUGAGAGAAAGAAGGAAGAGACAUUGAAAUUCUAUUCCCCUCAAUCCCUUCUCCAAAGGCUUCAAGAUGCAAUGAAUAAGACGGAGGAGGAAUCGGAAAACCUGCACAAACAGCUCUUAGAUAGGGAUGUGGACCUUGCGACCUUUGUGCAGAAAUACAAGAAGCUUCGUACCACUUACCAUAGGCGUGCGCUUAUUCACCUUUCAGCCAAAACUUCUUCAAUUGGUUGAAUAGGUAUAGCAGAUGUUGUAUAAUUUCAUAUUGAGGAACGUUGCCUCUUGUUUUAUUGUAUGAUAUUGGUAUAAUUUUGUUUUGUUGGUAUAAGUUCGUUUUGUAUA